UGGGCCGGGCCCGCCAUGGCUGCUGCCGGCAGCAAAGGUGGGGGCCUCGCUCUUUGGCUCCCCAGAAGAAGCAGGAGUGGCGGGUCGAGUGGAGUCCCGCGGCUGGAAGGAAGUUCAGGAAGGAAGGAAGGAAAGAAGGAGAGAAGGAAAGAAGGAGAGAAGGAAACGGCGGCGAUUAAGCACCCUGCACCACUGCUCGUAAUGAGGGGGUGGCGGGCACAGCCAUCGAGCAACGCCUGAGACUCCCCGCCCGCCUGCCCACGCCAGCUGUGGGUCGCCCUGAAGGGGGUGCAACGCCUCCCAGCGAGCAGGAAAAUUGCUCCUGCAGAGCCCCAGAUUAGAGGAACUGGCUAAUUGCACCUGGGUGCUUCGCCUGGACUGAGCGAGGCAGCUCCACUCUCCAGAGGGUGCAAGAGCCGUCCCUGCCUGGGCCUCCGGAAGACAGGAAGAAGAAGAAGAGGAAGAAGAUGGCAGAUCUGACCCCGACCCAGCUCUGCUGGCAGGUCCCCGCCAACUCAAAGGCGCAUCACACCAACUACUUCGUCACCUCGGACCUGGUCGUGCGCCGCGGGCAAGUUUACAACUGCACCGUGUACUUCAACAGGCCCCCCCAGGCUGGGGAGAACUUAGGUUUCAUCGCCGAAACAGGGCAAGCCCCUUCGGAGGCCAACCACACCCGGACCACCUUUGCCGUCUCGAACGCGCUGGCCGGAGGCUGCUGGAGCGCAGCGCAGAUCUCUCGGGACUCCAACUACGUCAACUUCGCCAUCUCCAGCCCCCCCAUGGCCCCCAUCGGGCGCUACAAGCUGAGCCUGAUGGUGACCUGCGGCAACAAGGUGUCCAGCCGGCUGCUCGGCCAGUUCGUCCUGCUCUGCAACCCCUGGUGCUCAGGUGACCUCGUCUACCUCGCAAAUGAGGCAGAGCGGCAGGAGUACGUCUUGAAUGAAAACGGAAUCAUCUUUGUGGGAAAUGCGCAGUACAUCGAAGCCCGGGGAUGGUACUACGCCCAGUUCCAGCAGAAGAUCUUGGACCUCUGCCUGCUUCUCCUGGACCUGAGCCUCUACCACCGCCAGGACCCAGCGGGAGACACGGCCCGCAGAGGGGACCCCAGGUACCUGGGCCGAGUGGUCAGCUCCAUGAUCAACGGCAACGACAACGACAACGGCAUGCUGGAGGGGAAGUGGAACGCGGACUUUGCUCACCACGAGAACCCCUCCCGGUGGGACGGCAGCGUGGCCAUCUUCAGGAAGUGGGCGCAGGACAAGUACCGGCCGGUCCAGUACGGGCAGUGCUGGGUCUUUGCCGGGGUGGCCGGGACAGUCCUGCGGUGCCUGGGGGUACCCACUCGCCUGGUCACCAACUUCAACUCUGCUCACGACUCCAAUGGAAACCUGAGCAUCGAUAAAUAUUAUGACCCCUCUGGAAAGAGCCUCAAAAUCGGCCAAGACUCCACCUGGGAUUACCACGUCUGGAACGAAGGCUGGUUUGUCCGGAGAGAACUGGGGACGGCGUACUGUGGGUGGCAGGUGAUCGACGGCACCCCACAAGAGAAGAGCCAAGGGCUCUAUCAGUGCGGGCCGGCCUCCGUCCAGGCGGUCAAGCAAGGCGAUAUCGACCUGCCCUACGACACGGCCUUCGUCUACACAGAGGUGAACGCGGACAUCAACAGGUGGGUGGUCAAUAAAGACGGCUCCCGAACCCGAGCCUAUUGUGACACCUGCUCCAUCGGCACCCACAUCAGCACCAAGGCCGUGGGCAGCAACCAGCGGGUGGACAUCACCAACACGUACAAGUACCCGGAAGGCUCCGCAGAGGAGAGGAGCGUUUACAAGAAGGCCUGCUCCAAGCUGCCCAGAUCCAGCACCCCGGCCAGGCGCCCCAGCAGCAACCUCGGCGACGACGCGUCCUCUGAGCUGGUCACCCACCCGGAGCUCUACGGGAAGUUCAGGCUGGCCCAGCCGCCCAUGCUUGGGAAGGACAUCGAGCUCAUCCUCACGCUCGCCAACCUGUCCUCGGCGCCCAAGGCCGUCACGGUGAACCUCAGCGUCUCCAGCGUCCUCUACACCCGUGCAGCCGUCCGGGAGAUCCUGAAGGAGACCAUGCACGUCAGCUUCGCUUCCCAGGAAGAGAAGCACAUCCCCUUGCGCAUCCCCUACGGCCACUACAGCGCAUCCCUGACGGACGACAAGAAGAUCCUGGUGACUGCCUUGUGUGACGUCAUGGAGGGCGUGAAGCUGCUGGUGGAGAAAGCCAUCACCUUGGAGAGCCCAGAGAUCGCCAUUGCGGUCCCCCCCAGGGUGGAGGUCAACAAGCCGACCACGGUGGAGAUCUCCUACUCCAACCCCCUCCCGGAGCCGGUGGAUGACUGUGUGCUGCUGGUGACGCUCAUGGGACAGGCUGUCACCAUCAAUGUGGCAGGACUGGCACCCAGGGAGAAGUCCAAAAUCUACUUUGAAUUCACACCCCGCGCCGCCGGAGCCAUGCAGCUGCACGUGGACUUCUCCUGCAACAAGUUCAACCACGUCAAGGGCUUUGUGCUCAUGCAAAUCAACCCUCCGGCCUCCCAGUGAUGCGGUGUUGGGGGGGGGAUGUUGGGGGGGUGGCCGUCCCGGGCCGGGCCGGGCCGGGCCGGGGGGCACGUUGCUCA